AUGAAAACCGAUAAUAUAAUAAUCAGAUCCAAUUUUGGGGAACAAAAAUUUGAACGAUCACAACAAGAAGGUGUAGAAGAAUCGUUAAAGUUAAUUGAGGAUCUGAAGUUUUUUUUAGCGACAGCACCAGCAAAUUGGCAAGAGAACCAGGUGAUUAGGCGAUACUAUCUAAAUAACGAUGAAGGAUUUGUAUCAUGUGUCUUCUGGAAUAACUUAUACUACAUAACAGGGACAGAUAUAGUGCGCUGUUGUGUUUAUAGGAUGCAGAAAUUUGGUAGAGAGGUGGUAGAGCGUAAGAAGUUCGAAGAAGGAAUCUUUUCAGACCUGAGAAAUCUUAAAUGUGGCGUAGAUGCUACGCUGGAGAUGCCCAAGUCCGACUUUCUUUCGUUCCUUUAUAAGAAUCUGUGUCUGAAGACGCAGAAAAAACAGAAGGUUUUCUUUUGGUUCAGCGUUCCGCAUGACAAGCUUUUCGCAGAUGCACUGGAGAGGGAUCUAAGAAGAGAGUCUUCGGGGCAGCCCUCUGCAACACGUGCGGUUUCGGAGCCUGCAUUGACCUUCAGGUACGACGAGGAGUCUGGUACCUCUUUGUACGACCAGGUGGUACAGCAUGUUGACAGCGAGAGAAUAAACGUAUACUCGGCGGCCUCGUCUUCUGCGGCUGUGCCCGCAGAUGCAGCCAAUGACGAAGAAGUACACGAUGAUGACGAAGACGAAGACGAAGAGGGAGAUGAUGAUGAAAUUGAUGACAAAGGGGCGUUGCCUAUGGAUCUUCUCUCGAAAAGAGGGGAAACCGGGCCUUCAGCGAAGAUCCAAAUGGAUGAAGACAUCUCUCGUACCGAGCCUGAACUAUCCACCAUUGCAACAGAUAAUAAUGUCUCCACAGCACCUACAGCGCAUUAUUCUCCUCAUGAACUGAUUAUAGACGGUGCAAAAAACGAAAACACUGAGUAUACACUCGAUGAUAGCAUUAACUUGCUAACAAAAGACGACGAUGAUUUCCCACUGGAUUAUUUCCCACUUGAAAUUGAAUAUCCUCGUAGAGAGCAGCAAAAUCGAAUGAUGAACCCCUUAUUCCACGAUAUGGAUAUGGAUCUCUUCCCUCCAAUUCCGCCAACUGCAGGUGUGUAUGAGAGCCCAUAUAUCCACGGUGAUCUGUCGGGAAAGUUUAUGUAUAGCGCUGGGAUGCCUCCCUCUGCAGGGGUGCCCCCGACGCUUCAGCAAUCUCUGCCGUCUUCAAUUCCUCCUCCGCCCAUGUCUGUUACAAGGGCGCAUUUCAUGACAAACGGCGAAUAUUACGCAACCGCCAAGAGUAAAGACAGUAAUAAAGAAUCUCGAGAUUUAUAUGAUGAGGAGAACAAUGAAAGUAGUCAGGAUAGCUCUGAUGGUAUGAAUGAAGCGGGAGAUGAGCAGUUCACUCAGCCGAUGAAUUCUAGGAAUGUCGGUAAUGGACAACCUCCUGGUAUGGGUAACGUUUCAGGAUUCCCAUUCCAAGAUUCCUUUGCCGGGUAUCAGGGAAUGGGACCUCCAGGAAUGUAUCCCUACAUGAUGCCUGACAUGAUGUAUGGUAACCCAUAUGCCGGUGCUGAUGAUUAUAUGUAUGAGCAAUGGUUGCAUAUGCAACUCGCCCAGAAUCAACAAAAUGAAAUGUACAUGAAUCCACAGGCUCCCUACAUGAGUAGGUUCUUACCACCUCUCUGUCGUACAACCCCAACUAAUCCAUAUAUGGCUAUAUCGCCGUAUCAAUCGAAGCACCCAAAUUCUUCCACCACUAAAAACUUCCCAUAUUAUCCGGGAUAUUAUGGAAGGCGGGGAAACGUUCAUUCGUAUUUGCGUGGCUUCCCAUCCAUCCAGGCUACACAGCCUUCUUCUGCAACAAGAGUGCAGUUUAUGAAACAGAACAAGGUACAGCAACCGAACAAUGCCCCAUAUACCAACCCUGCAACUUCUUCAGCAAAUAAAUCAGCGCAUUCGACAAAGAAAAAGGUUAUGAAGCCAAAACAUCAGCAGCAGUCGAUGAAGAAUUAUGCAAGGACUAGGAGGCUGGAUGCAGAUACGCCUAUCUCCCUUGACCCAAGUAACAGCAACAUUGGAGUCAUUAAUAACUUAAACGGCGGUAAUCAAGAAGAGCGAAUUGUUGGCCCUGACGAUGCAGGCUCUACAAUGGGAUUCCAGAAUGACGAGUCCGAGGCAUAG